AUGGGUGUCACGCCGUUCCACCGAUCUAUCCUCGAGGUCCGGUUGCCGAAACACUUCGACAAACCAACGGACAUGAGGUAUGACGGAACUCAAGAUCCCCUAGAACAUCUCACGGCCUUUGAGGCUAGGAUGAACCUAGAGGAAGUAGGCGACGAAGUAAGGUGCCGCGCCUUCCCGGUAACCUUAGCAGGACCAGCGAUCAAAUGGUUUAAUGGCCUCCCUCAAGGUUCCAUCCACAAUUUCUCAGAUAUCAGCCGCGCCUUCCUGGCCCAAUUCACAACGCGAAUAGCAAAGGCCAAGCAUCCUAUCAACCUUCUCGGGGUAACCCAGAGACAGGGUGAGCCGACCAGGAGGUACUUAUAUCGGUUCAACGACGAAUGCUUGGAAAUCGACGGCUUAACCGACUCGGUGGCCAGUCUCUGCCUGACGAACGACCUCCUCAACGAGAACUUCCGAAAACACCUUACCACGAAGCCGGUUUGGACAAUGCAUGAAAUCCAAACGGCGGCAAAGGAGUACAUAAACGACGAGGAGGUCAGCCGAGUCGUGGCUGCCAAUAAGCGGCAGCCCGGUUACGGCCAGGCUCGGCAGUCCGGUGGAGACGGUGAGAGAGUAAAAGAAAAGGCUAGGGAGGAGGCAUCAAACAAAGCACCUAGGCCGUUCCCUCGAGUCGGGAAGUUUACUAACUACACUCCACUCACCCUCCCCAUCGUGGAAGUCUAUCAACAAAUAGCUGAGAAGGGAAUUCUUCCGAAGCCCCGACCACUUAAGGACCGCACGGGUGGAAACAAGAAUCUUUAUUGUGAUUACCAUAAGGGAUAUGGCCAUCAAACACAGGACUGUUUCGACCUGAAGGAUGCAUUAGAACAGGCGAUAAGGGAAGGAAAGCUAGCAGCGUUCUCCCAUCUCAUCAGGGAGCCGAGAAGGCGUUAUCGCGAUCAGGACGAGGAAGGCAAGAUACGCUCGGCCAAGCGGCGACAGGAGCCCGAAGACAGAGACCAUGGCCUCACUGUGAUAAACGUGGUAACGGCAAAAAACACUGCACCAAAGUCCCGGUCGGCACACAAGAAAGACACCAAGGUUCUCGCGAUCUCAUCUCCACCGGUGCAGAGUACCAAAAAACCUCCAUCCAUUUCUUUCGGCCCAGAAGACCAAUGGUUCAGCGACGUCCCGGAAAACCCUCCCAUGGUCAUAACGGCCAGAGUGGGAACCGGCCUCGUCAAACGGAUCCUCGUCGACACUGGAGCUGAUUCGAACAUCAUGUUCCGCAACGUGUUCGACGCACUGGGGCUGAAGGAUGCCGACCUGAUGACUCACCAGCACGGGGUUAUCGGGUUAGGCGACCACUUCAUCAAACCAGAUGGAGUCAUUUUCCUACCGAUCUCGGUGGGACAGGUGCAAGGCCGCAGAUCGGCGAUGGCCGAGUUCGUAAUCCUCCGAGACUCUACAGCCUACAACAUCAUCUUGGGAAGAAAAAUAAUCAAUGAUUUUGAAGCCAUAAUCAACACCAAGCUGCUAGUUAUGAAGUUUGUCACCGAUGAUGGAUCCAUAGGGACCGUAAGAGGAGACCUCGAGACGGCGGUCGCUUGUGACAACGCCAGCCUUUCCCUCAGAAAGAAGUCCAAGGAAGCAUCUGGCGUAUUCCUAGCCGACCUUGAUGCCAGAGUAGAGGACAAGCCGAGACCGGAACCAGAAGGGGACCUGGAGAAAUUUAGCAUCGGCGACGAAGGGGAAAAGUUCACAUUCGUUAACAAGAACCUCCCACAUGAGCUGAAGGAGCCUUUGAUUGAAAUGAUAAGGGCCAACAGGGACCUGUUCGCAUGGACACCAGCCGACAUGCCGGGCAUAGAUCCACAAAUCAUCUCACAUCACCUAGCCGUCAAGCCGGAAGCACGCCCAGUGGCUCAACGGAGGAGAAAGAUGUCGGCGGAGAGAGCAGAAGAGGUAGCCAAGCAAACGGCUGGCCUCCUAGAAGCAGGCUUCAUACGGGAAGUGGACUACUCGACGUGGCUCUCAAAUGUGGUAUUGGUGAAAAAACACAAUGGCAGGUGGAGAAUGUGCGUGGACUACUCUGACCUUAACAAAGCAUGCCCCAAAGAUUGCUUCCCCCUCCCCAACAUAGAUGCACUCGUCGACGCCGCGGCGGGGUACCGGUAUCUGAGUUUCAUGGACGCUUACUCUGGUUACAAUCAGAUACCGAUGCACCGACCAGACGAAGACAAAACGGCGUUCAUAACGUCAGGAGGAACUUUCUGCUAUAAGGUAAUGCCUUUUGGCUUGAAAAAUGCGGGGGCGACAUAUCAAAGGCUGAUGAACAGGAUAUUCCACGACCUCAUAGGGAAAACGGUUGAAGUUUACGUGGACGACAUCCUGGCAAAAACAACACGACCUGACGACCUCCUAAACGACCUGGCAAGUGUAUUUGCGUCCCUCCGUCAACAUGGUAUGAGGCUGAACCCCCUCAAGUGCGCCUUCGCCAUGGAAGCCGGCAAGUUCCUGGGAUUUAUGAUAACUCAGAGAGGGGUAGAAGCUAACCCGGAGAAAUGCCAGGCAAUACUUCAGAUGAAGAGCCCGGGCUGUAUUAAGGACAUCCAGAGGUUGGCAGGGCGAUUGACAUCACUUUCCCGGUUUCUCGGAGCCUCGGCGACAAAGGCCCUGCCAUUUUUCAACCUCAUGAAGAAAGGGAUGGCGUUUGAGUGGACACCCGCGUGCGAAGAAGCCUUUCAACACUUCAAGGAAAUCCUGGCGGCACCUCCCGUUCUCGGGAAGCCAAGGGACGGGGAACCACUAUACCUAUACCUCGCUAUAACAAGCGAAGCCCUGGCCGCAAUACUAGUACGGGAGGACGGGAAAACCCAACAGCCAGUCUACUUCAUAAGCAGGGCCCUGCAAGGAGCAGAAUUAAGAUAUAGCAAGUUGGAAAAGCUAGCCUUAGCACUCCUAACUUCCUCGAGAAGGUUAAAACAGCACUUCCAGAGUCACCAAGUGGUCGUCAGAACGGACCAAGGGAUCCGGCAAAUUCUCCAAAAACCCGACCUGGCGGGAAGAAUGAUGACUUGGUCCAUCGAACUCUCUCAAUAUGACAUACGGUACGAGCCCCGGCAAGCCAUCAAGGCGCAAGCUAUGGCGGAUUUUUUAGUAGAAGUGACGGGGGACGCAAGCGAGGAAGUGGGUACACGGUGGAAGCUCCAUGUGGACGGAGCCUCCAACCAGACCUUCGGAGGUGCCGGGAUCAUCCUGGAAAGCCCGAAUGGGGUCGUAUACGAGCAGUCGGUUAGAUUCGAGUUCCCCAUCUCGAACAACCAAGCAGAAUACGAAGCCCUCAUAGGAGGCUUGACCCUAGCAACAGAGGUCGGCGCAAGAAGGCUGGAAGUAUACAGCGAUUCCCAAGUCGUCACGUCCCAAGUAAACGGCAGCUACCAAGCCAAGGACCCCUUGUUGCAGAAGUACUUGGAAAAGGUCAAAAGCUUGAGCCAAAAGUUCGAAGAGGUCACGGUCCAGCAUGUACCCAGAGAAAGGAACACACGAGCAGACCUCCUAUCAAAAUUAGCCAGCACGAAGCCAGGGGAGGGAAACCGGUCUCUCAUCCAAGGCAUGACAAGGGAACCAGCAAUUGCACUACACAUAACAACCCUAAGUUCUUCAUGGCUAGACCCCAUCACCAACUACCUAGAACAUGACCAAGUCCCUGGUGAUGAAAAGGAUGCAGUGAAAUUAAGGAGAGAAGCGGCCAAAUACGCCGUCAUCCAAGGACAGCUGUUCAGGAAAGGGCUUAGCCAACCCCUACUGAAGUGCCUACACCCCGACCAGACGGACUAUGUCCUCAGGGAAGUCCACGAGGGCUGCUAUGGGCACCACAUCGGAGGCAAAGCCCUAGCAAGGAAGUUAAUCCGAGCUGGGUACUACUAG